AUGGGUGACCGCAAUGCUGCUCCGAGGGGUACAUACAGGGCUGAUUUUCGGGACAAGGAGGUCCGACCAACAAGGGUCUUUAGCGCUGAUAAUACCAACAGCACGGAUGUUGGCGACGCGCUGCAAGGCAGCCCGAUGCCAGGUCUGGCGUACGGCGGCUGGGCCGGCCAGGCAAUGAUGGGCGUGGGUGUGGGCGUGGGCACAAAUGGGUUUGCUGGCUCUGGACCGGUCCACAGAAGCGUGUCGCGGCGGAGUUCAGUCGUGAGCACCACCAGCGCAAGCUUUUUCGACCGCUCGUUUUUCUCUACCCCCGAGUCCCGCAUUAUCGAUCACGGAAAGAAGACAACUUUGGCAUAUGCAACACUAAUGCUCAACAUUUACAACAACAUCUCGCUUGACCUCAAGACAGCAACAGAUGCCAACCGCAAAGUCGUCGUGCAGACCGUAGCAAGCAAAAAUAAGGCGACCCAGCUUGUGCCCGACCUCAGUCGGGUGCACGCCGACAUUGAGGAUGCCAUUAACACCACUGUUGCUAUUGGCCAGAUUGCAGAGUUUGAAAGCAUCAAGGAACUUUUGUGCCAUUCGCUUCAGGUGUUUGAGGACAUCAAGCUGGCCAGCAGUGAGGAGCAGGAGAACGAAGCAUCGGCCGGCAGCCAAACCCCGGAGGCCGCGGAGUUCCAGGACUGUCUCUCGUGCAGGCUAGUCGGCGCCGGCGCCUUGCUCGGUGUGGCCGGAUACGCGCUUCACGCUCGCUCAGAGCUGGACCCGCUGCGGUUUGCAGCGCGGCGCAGAGGCCUGCUAGGACUUGGCCUGGCCUUUGCUGGCGUAGCCGCGUAUCGGCUGGGCAUGUAGCCGCGUUGCUUUGGUAGCAGUUUAUUUUUCUUCCAAUAGCGAGUAUACAUGC